AUGGCCACGGUCGAGUUGAUCCUCAAGCAAACCGGAGAACCGGACGAGGCAACGCAUCUCAUUCGGCAACAAGUUACCUCCUUGCUGAUGGCGCACAAGUCACGUGCAAUUAUUACCAAAGCGGAGCAGAACGCUCUCAAGGCACUCAGGAAUGACACCAGCAUUGUAAUACUACCGGCAGACAAAGGACGUUCCACGGUAGUGCUGGAUAAGACUGACUAUGUCCAGAAGGCCAACGCUCUGCUGGAGGACCGACAGGCCUACCUGCCAUGUGGUGAGGAAUCGAUAAAGACGGUUGGGACGCAACUGGAGAAGACACUCGCCGAAAUGCAAUCAAACAGAGCAAUAAGCAAAUCGGUAAGGCUGACCAUUAAGCCAACAGAUGCGGCCGCAGCACGUUCCUAUGGCCUACCGAAGGUACACAAACCCGGACGUCGAUGA